ACUGAGAGGUUCAUCACUUCCCUCUGUGAGCUCCGUGCUGAGUGGAUGAAGAACCAGAGCUCCAUAAUUCAUACAAAUUAAAUAGAAAUUCAGAGUUCAGGGUGAAGCUGCUGCUGAGAAGCUCAGAGAUCAGUUCCUCCUGACUCUAUCUGCUCGCGCACAGGUGAACGGAUCAUGUGGAUGUUCUCUCGGGUGUUCAUCUAAAGAAGAUUCCUUUUGUUUUCCUUCUGAACAAACUAUUUUUUAGAUAAAAAUAAUAAUAGAUUUCAGUAGUAAAGAAGAGGUUUGAAGAAGACGCAUGGAGGCGUACCUGCUGAAGUUCAUCGAGCGCGUGCGGGCUGACAGCAGCACUGGGAAGUCUGAUAUUGACUCCGAGUACACUAGCAUUAAGCAUCAGAACGGCUUGAUGAAACAGAAGUACGGUUUGACUGCAAACGUGGGAGGACUCCAAGAAAACAUAAAGAAGAACCGCUACAAGGACAUACUGCCAUACGACCAAACCCGAGUCGUUCUGACUCCCACAACACCUGAGUACAGCAGCGAUUACAUUAAUGCAAAUUUCAUCAAGGGGGUGACAGGGAGCAGGAGGUACAUCGCCACACAGGGUCCUCUGAGUAACACCUUGGUGGAUUUCUGGCGCAUGAUUUGGGAAUAUGAUGUCAAGGUGAUAGUCAUGGCGUGCAGGGAGUUUGAGAUGGCGAAGAAAAAAUGUGAGGUCUACUGGUCUCCUCUAGAUGAUUCGUCCACAUUUGGUCCUUUCACCGUCUCAACGGUUGAAGAGUCGCCCACAAACGAGGAAGUCAUUGUGCGAACGCUGGCAGUGAAACACUGUGACGAAAGUCGCAUCGUGUCCCAUUUCCAGUACACGGCCUGGCCGGAUCACGGAAUUCCAGACGUGGCAGACGGCAUUUUGGGAAUGAUGGAGACGGCUCACGUCAGACAGGGUUGUCACACCGGCCCUCUGCUUGUCCACUGCAGCGCUGGCUGUGGAAGAACCGGAGUGAUUUGUGCCAUCGACUUUGUUAAUGACCUGCUGCAUGAAAAGGAAAUCGGAGAUGAUUUUAGCAUUAUGGAUAUAGUCUUAGAGCUGAGAAGACAAAGACCAUCGGCUGUCCAGACCAAGGAACAGUAUGAGUUUGUGUUUCAUACUGUGGCUAAGAUGUUCGCAAAGGUCUUGCAGGAAUCUGCACUGAAUCACCAAUAUCACAGCCAGGUUCAGCACUCGCAGUCUCUCUACACAAAUGUGGUGCCUCCGAAGCCAGCGCUGAGGUCAUUCUCCAUCAGCUCUGUAUACAAGAAUACAAGAAAACCUCCAGCCCUCCGACCGAGGUCCUCUCAUCCUCCUCCGUCCACCACCAUGAACGACACGUAUGCUGUUGUCAACAAGGUCAAGCGGCCCCCCACCACGCCGCCGCUCGUCCCCCACCACUACGACAACGAAAACAACCAGAAAACAUCUCCACACGACCUGUACACCACCGUCAAGCCGAAAAACAGGGUGGUGGCAAACACACCUGCGAGCAUGGUUCCUGUUUACGACCGGGCAUGGCCACCUCCCCAAAAACCCACAGCGGGGAUAGACUCUGAUGGAUAUGAACCCCUGCCAGCGGAGUUCCAGGUCCGAGGAUCACAGCUCUAUCCGUCUCUGCCACAACUACCGCCAAACAGACAUAAUUCAGAAGAUGAUGAUGACUAUGAGUACGUCUCAAACCCAAUCAGACAGAUUAGUAGCAGCAACAGCAUCAGCAGCAACAGCAGCAGCAGCACUGGAGGCAUGGGUUUUAAAUGCCGAGUCAGGAAACCCAAAGGACCCAGAGAUCCGCCUUCGCAGUGGAAUCGCCCGGAGAGAUGAAACGAUCACGAUGAUGAUUCUCUCUUUACAUUACGAGCGUUUAUUUCAUUCAGGAAGUUGUUGUUUUUUUGUUCUAGAGGUGAUGGUUUGUAGUUUGUGUGUAAAAGUGUGUUUGUGUGUCUGUAAAAUGUAGGUUUAUUACAAAUUUACUGUACAUGUUUAAUUUAUUGCAAUAAAC